AUGAUUGCCUUAACAAGUCAUCUAAGCAAGGUGCUGCUGAUGAUACUGACGCAGAGAUUGAGAUCGCAGAUAGAAGACCAUCUAGUGAAUGAACAAGCAGGAUUCAGGAAAGAUGGAAGAACCAUACAGAAGAUAUUGGCACUAAGAUUGAUAGCGGAGAAAGUUUGGCGAAAGAACAAGAACAUCAGAGAAGGCGGCGGAGGGCGGAGCGCCCUGCCAGCUGUGCGCAUCCCGCCCCUCAGAGCUGCUGCGAAGGCGGGUUGUGGAACUCUUGCUGUGCUGGAACAAAAUGAAGCUGGGAUUUGUCUUUUCAGGAGUUUUGACUGGAAUGAUGGCCUCUUUGAUGUGACAUGGAGUGAGAACAAUGAACACGUGCUGGUCACUGCUAGUGGGGAUGGAUCUCUGCAGAUCUGGGACACUGCUAAACCCACAGGUCCACUGCAAGUCUAUAAAGAGCACACUCAGGAGGUUUACAGUGUUGAUUGGAGCCAAACUAGAGGAGAACAGCUAGUGGUGUCUGGUUCAUGGGACCAAACAGCCAAACUGUGGGACCCAGCUGUGGGGCGAUCAAUAUGCACUUUUAAAGGCCAUGAAGGCAUCAUUUACAGCACUAUAUGGUCUCCACACAUCCCAGGCUGUUUUGCAUCUGCCUCAGGUGAUCAGACUUUAAGAAUUUGGGAUGUGAAGACACCAGGAGUCAAAGUGGUGAUUCCAGGCCACCAGGCUGAGAUCUUGAGCUGUGACUGGUGCAAGUAUGACGAGAAUUUGCUGGUAACCGGCGCGGUUGACUGUAGUUUGAAAGGUUGGGAUUUGAGGAACGUCCGGCAGCCAGUUUUCAACCUCUUUGGCCAUACCUAUGCUGUAAGGAGAGUAAAAUUUUCACCAUUUCAUGCAACUUUAUUGGCCUCCUGCUCCUAUGAUUUCACUGUGAGAUUCUGGGAUUUUUCCAAGCCUAAUCCCUUGCUAGAGACUGUGGAGCAUCAUACAGAAUUUACAUGUGGACUAGAUUUAAGCCUUCACAACCCUGGUCAGGUGGCAGACUGCGCUUGGGAUGAAUUAGUGAAAAUCUAUAACCCAUCCUGCUUGGCAGUUCCUGUAUAGAGAACACCACUUUUCUCAGUGAAGAGAGUUGACUUGGCAAGAAGCUUUCUCUGCUCCCAGGAAACUAACCUCAUACUAGAUACAUUGAUAAUGUGACUUUAAUCCUCACGUCUCUUUUUAAAUAUGAUUUGUAGUUUUAACUGAAGAUAUUAUGAACUUGAGGAAUUAUUUUCUG